AUGGAAUUAUUCACGCCGUUGGGCUUCGUGCGCCUCUUCAGCGUCGUCGGUGGAGUUCUGGUGAAGCCGCAGUUCCUUCGAGACCUGAACGAAGAGUAUUACGUCUACUCCUUCGAAGAGGAGACUAUCCGGCGAAGGAUCAACACGUCCGUCGCAACAGGCGUCGGGUACAUAUCACCCGAGCCGAUGUACUCGGACCGGGGGGACAUCUCGGCGCCCGUGGACGCCGACCUGUCCACGCUGAAGGAGGGCGUGGCGGCGCCGGACUGCAAGCGCACCCCGCUGCUUCGGCUUAGGAACGGGGCCUUGCAGGCGGGGCUAAACGAGCGGCUGCAGAAAGUCGUCGCUAUGAGGAAGGAAGUGGAGAACCAACGAAAGACGUCCUCGUUCCAGCGCAACGUCGUGUACCCCCUGGCGAUGCUUCUGCUACUAGCGCUCACCGCCAUCACGGUGCUCAUGGUGCUGCAGAACACCCUCGAGCUGCUCAUUGGCAUCAAAGCGCUGCCGCUCAGUACACGGCAAUUCACACUGGGUAUAGCGUCGCUCUCCAAGCUCGGGUGGGCUGGCGCCACGCUGGAGACGUUCCUGAUACUGUACCUGCACGCGGCUUCGCUCACCGGCCUCUGCGCGCCCGUCAGCGCUCUGCGCCUGAUGCCCCGGGCCCAGCGCACCCCCCUGGCCAGGAUCAUCGCGCUGAGCGCCCUACUCCUCGCCCACUCCACCGCGCAGCCGCUCCUCGUGAAGAUACUCGGAAUAACGAACUUCGACCUACUCGGCGAAUUCGGCCGCAUCGAGUGGCUGGGUAACUUCAAGCUGGUGCUGCUUUAUAACGCGAUCUUCGCCGCCACCGCGACACUGUGUCUCGUUAGCAAGUUCACGGCGAGCGUACGCCGUGAACUAUACAACAGGUUUAAACGGGUUGCCGACAUAUUUGCGUUGCCGGAAGAAUCACCUAACAAAACAACCUCUGCCACUUCUCAUCUAUCAGUAGAGAGAGUGAACACAAUUAAUAAGGAUGAGACAAUUCAAGAACCUGCAAGGCUGGAAGAUCAUAUUAAGGCUGAA